CUGACACCAUUCUCUGGCCAAGACUCCUCGGCAGUGGUGACCUCUGCCACUCAAACACUCUACAAAUUAUCAUCUCUGGACUCCCGACUGACACCCUGCUGGAGGCAAGAGCUACUAAGCCAACUGGAACUGUGCCUUUUUUUUUUGCCCCCUUGUCAAGGGUUUUUGUUUGUUUUUUUUCUUUCUCCUUACACAGGACAAAGCACGGAAGAAAGAAAACAAAAGAUGAAGCUGGGCAAAGUGGAGUUCUGCCAUCUUCUGCAGCUCAUCGCUCUUGUCCUCUGCUUUUCUGGGAUGACUCAAGCGGAGCUCUCCAGGUCCAGCUCCAAGCCCUAUUUCCAGGCAGGGAGGCCCCGGACCAAGCGUAGCUGGGUGUGGAAUCAGUUCUUUGUGCUGGAGGAGUACAUGGGCUCUGACCCCCUCUAUGUAGGAAAGCUGCACUCGGAUGUUGAUAAAGGAGACGGGUCCAUCAAAUACAUCUUGUCCGGUGAAGGGGCGAGUUCCAUUUUCAUUAUUGAUGAGAACACUGGGGAUAUCCAUGCCACCAAGAGGCUGGACCGCGAGGAGCAGGCCUACUAUACGCUGCGCGCGCAAGCGCUGGACCGGCUCACCAGCAAGCCAGUGGAGCCCGAGUCGGAGUUUGUCAUCAAGAUCCAGGACAUCAACGACAACGAACCCAAAUUCCUGGAUGGGCCGUACACUGCAGGGGUGCCCGAGAUGUCCCCUGUGGGAGUCAUCAAGACUGCCCUUCCCAACAUGGACAGAGAGGCUAAAGACCAGUAUCUGCUUGUUAUUCAGGCAAAGGACAUGGUUGGUCAAAAUGGCGGACUCUCGGGCACUACAUCAGUCACUGUGACCCUCACUGAUGUCAACGAUAACCCACCUCGCUUUCCACGAAGGUCCUACCAAUAUAAUGUCCCAGAGUCCUUACCUGUGGCUUCCGUGGUAGCCAGAAUCAAAGCUGCUGAUGCGGAUAUUGGUGUGAAUGCUGAAAUGGAGUACAAAAUUGUGGAUGGUGAUGGAUUAGGGAUUUUCAAAAUCUCUGUUGACAAAGAUACCCAAGAAGGAAUCAUUACAAUACAGAAGGAACUGGACUUUGAAACAAAAACCAGUUAUACCCUCAGGAUCGAAGCAGCCAAUAAAGAUGUCGACCCUCGCUUCCUGAGCCUGGGGCCCUUCAGCGACAUGACGACUGUGAAGGUCAUUGUGGAGGACGUGGAUGAGCCCCCUGUCUUCUCCUCCCCUCUGUACCCCAUGGAGGUGUCGGAAGCCACCCAAGUUGGGAAUAUUAUCGGCACCGUGGCAGCUCAUGACCCGGACUCUUCCAAUAGCCCAGUGAGGUAUUCAAUUGACAGGAACACAGACUUGGAGAGAUACUUCAAUAUCGAUGCCAACAGUGGAGUCAUUACAACCGCCAAGUCUCUGGACCGAGAGACGAAUGCUGUUCAUAACAUCACAGUCCUCGCAAUGGAGAGCCGAUGUAGUUGGGUACACCAUCAUGCAUUUGCACCUUCCAUUCUCUGUUCCAAGGUUAUCCAGAAAAUCAGUGCGGUGGAUAAAGAUGAGCCAUCCAAUGGGCACCAGUUCUACUUCAGCUUAACCACUGAUGCAGCAAACAACCACAACUUCUCGUUGAAAGAUAAUAAAGACAACACGGCCUUGGUCCUAACCCGGAGAAACGGCUUCCGGAGACAGGAGCAGUCUGUGUACUAUCUGCCCAUCUUCAUAGUGGACAGUGGCUCCCCCUCACUCAGCAGCACCAACACGCUCACCAUCCGGGUGUGUGACUGUGACGCCGAUGGCAUCGCCCAGACCUGUAACGCAGAGGCCUAUGUGCUGCCCGCAGGCCUCAGUACCGGAGCCCUGCUCGCCAUCCUGGCCUGUGUCCUGACAUUACUGGUGUUAAUUCUGCUGAUCGUCACUAUGAGGAGACGGAAAAAAGAGCCCCUGAUCUUUGACGAGGAGAGGGACAUCCGAGAAAACAUCGUCCGCUAUGAUGAUGAAGGUGGCGGAGAGGAAGACACGGAGGCGUUUGACAUGGCUGCCCUGAGGAACCUCAACGUCAUCAGAGACACCAAGACCCGCAGGGAUGUGACUCCAGAGAUCCAGUUCUUGAGUCGACCUGCGUUUAAAAGCAUCCCAGAUAAUGUCAUUUUUAGGGAAUUUAUUUGGGAAAGACUGAAGGAGGCCGAUGUGGAUCCUUGUGCACCCCCUUAUGAUUCUUUGCAGACCUAUGCCUUCGAAGGAAAUGGCUCUGUGGCGGAGUCUCUCAGCUCCUUAGAUUCCAUCAGCUCAAACUCUGAUCAGAAUUACGAUUACCUCAGCGACUGGGGGCCUCGCUUUAAACGGCUUGCGGACAUGUACGGGACUGGCCAGGAGGGUGUGUACUCCUAGCCCUGAGCCUUCCAUGGAAAUGUACUGAAGGAAAAGCAAAAAACAAACACACAACCACUCCCCCACCACAAUGGGAGCAUGGCUGGCUGGAAACAUGGAACGUGGAGGGAACCACAGCUGUACAUGUGUCUCCUUUUUUAACCAUUUCGGUUUCUGCCUCGGUGAAGUGUUCCCUUUAAGACAUAUCCAAGGGAUGGCACUGAUCCAGUCUUGGAGCAUUUGGGGACUUUUUGAUAUAAAGGAAUGCUCGGGGGUGUGUGUGUGUAUGUGAAUAGAUAGCAACUCUCCUCUACCUGCAAAGGCACUUCACUUCUACAAGUGAGCAGUAUCUGCCUGGCCUGGGAGCCAAGCCCUGUACAUACACACCUUCAUGGUACUGCCAGCGAGAGGAAGGAAAAUGUGCCCAGCUCUUGAAGUCCUGGCAGUACUUGCAUAUCAAAACCUGGCAGCAAGUUCAUUUAGAGGGAUGGUCGCAGCUUGCUGGCUUAUACAGAACAGCAGCAUUUCACAGCUGUGGGUUUGCAAGUCUCUUUUCUUUAGGAAAUAAUGGAUCAGUGCUUAGGAAAUUUUCUCCGCCUGAACCUCCCCCCAGCCUUCAAAACAAAGCCAAUGCAAUUGGACUUCUGGAAUCUUAAACCAUUAUUUAGCAAGUAAAUGAGGAAGUGUUCCAAAUAAGAAAAUUCUGAAUGAUUCCCUAAAUCCGCAGUCAUUUUGAGAUGCUCGUGUAGGUAUGGAAAAAGUUGCUGUCUAUUCGUUGAUUUUUUAUUAUCUCUUCUGAUUUGUACAGGAGAAUUUUAUUUCUUUUCUUUUCGACACAUGGUGUGAUAUUUAUGUUGGCGCUCCAAUCUCUGCUCAAUUCAGGCUCAUCGUCCUCACCUAGGAUCAAACUCGUCCGAACGCACUGAGUUCAAUGAAGCGAGGACAUGGAGACAUCAUAGUAAAGCCCUGGAGCCCCUGUCACGGUCCAGACCUCAGCGAGGAACGCAGCUACAGGGAAACGGGAGCUGUUCUUUGGAGCCAUUAGAAUGUGCAAAACAUGGCCGUCAAAUAACUGUACUUGGUAUUUGAGAAAGGAAACUUCAGGGAGAACAUACGUUCUCUUUGAUUCCAGAUUGAUUUUUCAAAGUCACAUGUGUGAGCUCCAAAGACGUUCGAGAACUUGUCUACCUGCUACCCGCCCCCGCCUCUAACUCUUUUGCUGCACACAUGUGCAGUCUAGGACUGACAUUUCCUUUACAGCUUCAGCAGAGUAAUGUCAGACCUCUCAAACCCCGUGUCUCCAGUCUUAUGCAAAACUGCCCCUCAGAAAUGAACCCAGCCAUAUGUCAUUUCUACCCCAAGUUUAGAUGUGCCAAAGCAAGGAGAGUGACUUCACAUGAUCACAAGUGUGUAUGUUUGAUGUGGGAUUCUUAGAAUAAGGCUUUUAUGAUUAAAAAGUUAAAAACAAUAUUUCUACCUAGCAUUUCCCCCUAGACUAAUAUUAGCUUCAUAUGCAUAUUUUCAAAGAAGGAAUUUAUUUUUUUGCUCCUUUUACAAAGGAUGUGUAAUUUUGGUCCGACUACGUCAUCAGAGAGAGAAGACUGUGCUGGGAACUGUGUCUGGAAAGUGCUUCUUCUGAGAGGCAGCCCUGGGACAGAGCGUCAGUGUGUGGAUGACAUUCCAUAGGGGUCUCUCAACUCACAGUCCACCCUUAGAAAUGAAUUCUGUGAAAGUGGCCUUUAGCCCAUCAAAACACAUUAUUCAAUAAAUUUGAUUCUCUGCAAAGUCCUUUUGUUUGAAUAAAGUUUUAUACACAUUG